AUGCCUCAUUCAUAUUGGGCCGAUGCCAUGCACACUGAUUCAAGUGAUGAUGAUGGGACCUUGAACAAUGAGGAUAAUAGGGCUGAUAUAGGUGAGACUAUUGUGGAAGACAUAAAUGAAGACACUGAAGAAGAAGAUAAAGAAAGUGACCUUGAUUUUGUUGACAGUGAUUAUAAGAAGAGUGAAAAUGAAGGUGAGUUGUUGCAAAAGGAUGAUAAAGCAUUUGAAAAUUAUGUAGACCACCAUGAUCUAGAUGAAGACCCCAAUGCCCCUAUAGUUGAAGAUGAGGAUUCAAUUGAUGUAGCUAAAAGUGAUGUAGAUGGCUUGGAUAGUAGCUCAGAUGAUGGGGUUAAGAAAAGGAAGAGGAAAUUGCCUAAAUUUGAGAUUUUAGGCCAGAAACACACAUGGUCAUCCAUGUCUUUAAGCUGGGUUGCUCCUGCUCCUAACCAUUCUCCGUCGUUGGACCCGCCUCUCAUCCUCUUUGCCUCGAGUUUCUCUUCUUGCAGCCUAUGCCUUCCAACAUCGCAGGCUCUGCUUAGUCCCCCUUCUCCAGCGCCUGACCCUCCCGCCUCCACAGUAACCCAUUCUUCUAGCCCUGCCCUAUCCAUAUUUGCCAACACCUAUGCUAUAUCUGCUCAUGAGCCCAACUCCCUAGUUGUGCCGCCAAUUGAUCCCUCAUGCCCUUCUCACCCGCCAGUUAGUCCCCCUACGCCUACAGCUUCCCGUUUCUCUCAUACCUACAUUAGGAACCUAAACCGCAAACUUUUCUUCUCGCCUCUAGCCCCUAUUUCAUCUGGUCCAUCUUCUCCUCCUAUUUUUGAUACAUCUCUGGCUAAUAAGCAUAAGGAAUGGCUUCUUGCUAUGACAGAUGAGUUUAAUGCUCUUAUUUGUGCUAGGACUUAG